AUACCAGGUAGCUUUGGGUAUUGUAAACCUGCGACAUUGUGACAUCCUAUCUCUGGGUAUCCAACCCCCUAAAGACCCAGCAAGGGAAUACAAGGACGUGUUCAAUGGUUCAUCAGGUAAAAUACCAGACACAUACAAGAUUGUGGUCGACAGCGCUGCGCAACCUGCAGUCCACCCGCCACGACGAGUGUCAGAGGCCUUGGGUUCACGUAUAAAAUCGGAACUGGAUAAGUUAGUUGAACGUAAAGUGAUCGUUCCAGUGACCAAACCAACACA